AAUACUUCUUCACCAGCACAGUUCUUUUCUUUGCUUUCCUAUCAUUAACCUCAUCUCGAUCUUUUCUUUUACAACAUCCUUCUCUUCUACUUGUCCUUUUCUUCAAGAAAACACUAGUUCAAUAUGUUCUCUAAGACUCUCAUCACUGCUCUUACAGUUGGCCUAGUUGCCUUCAGCAACGCCAGUCCACUUGUGAAGCGUGCUACUACAGUUUCUAGUGACACCGGCGAUGCGUCUAUCACACCUGCAAUUACAACUGAGCCAGUAUCCUUCCCGGAUGAUGUUGGAGGAAAAGUCGAUGCUGCUGGUGCCGUAGCAGAUGUUGUUAACAAAGUCGUGCAACUUGUUCAAGGACUUGUCGACGAUGAUAUUAAGCGUCGUCAACGAUUUACUCAGGAAACUGUCGCGUCCGUGAUCAACCAGUUCCCAACAAAGAAUGUUGUAAUGAGCAACGUCGGUUACAGUAUCUCCUGUACCCCAGAUGUAGUUUCAUCAACUAGCUAUAAGGCUAAGGUUGGCUCCAACGUCAGCUACGAUGUCCUGGUCUUUGGUUCAGGCUGCACUUUCGAACUCCAGGGGGAUGGAGGAUUUGAGAACUGGGCGUACAUCCGACAGGCAUCUUGCACAGGAACUGGCAAAUCUUUCACCUGCUAAAUUUAUUUCUAGUCUCUAGCGGGGCUUGACAUACAUCACGCUGGAAGUGCAGGAUAACAGAUCACAGACAAGCUGGCAUUGAAAUGGGAUGGAGUAUGGAAUUGUUAGGAAUUUCUUUUCUUGUUUAACAUAACGGUCGCUACAAUCAGAAAAACAUUUUGACUUGCGCUUGGAAUCAAAACGAUUGUGAGGAAGC